GAUUGCGGGAAGGACCGUUAACUUCACGGCUGGUAUAUACUUGGUCAAUUGCUGCCCCUUCCAAACGCCCUUCUUCUGUUGUAUAUCACUUCAUUGUAAUGGACACUCCUAGUCACUCAGAAGCGCAGCAGAUGUUGUUGUGCAUUUACGCCAUUCUGGCGGGAAAUAGUACUACCCUUUUUAUCCUUGGUCUCGGGACAAUAACGCAGUAUUCUAGGUAUCCUCAUAUACGACCACAUAGUAACCUUGCCAGAGGAAAUCGCGUUUAUUUGGCGUCGUCCGAAAGCAAUGUCUGCAGUCUUGUUUCUCGUCAAUCGCUAUGUCGCCGUGCUUGGCAAUAUAUCUUCCUUAGUUGUGGAUUUCCUGCCUCUUUCAGAUGAGCUGCUCGAAAUAUACGCUGGUCAGACAACUGCUGAUUUUUUUCGAAGUAAUCCUGGUUAGCAUCAUACUCACCAUUCGCACUUAUGCUCUCUACGGUUGUAGCAAGCGUUUGCUUGUUUGUAUGGUAAUCAUUAUGGUUGCUCUUGCGACAGGAGCUUCUGCGGGAUCCUUUGGACAUUUUUCAAGCGAUGCUACCAGCUUGCCAGGAGUUGGCUGCUAUAAAACAUAUACGACAAAGACAGCCGCCCGCCUUGGGCUGGCAUGGUUGGCUGGACUUGUCUUUGAUAUAUUCAUCUUUGUCCUCAUAGUGUACAGGAUUUGCAAAACUAAAGGUUUGCCGCGGUUAUCUCUAGUCACCAGGAGAAAUAUUAUUGAUAUCAUCUUUUGUGAUGGUGCGAUGUAUUUCGGAGCGAUGGUAUUAUGCCAGAUCCCGAACAUCCUGACAUUCUACGUUGAUUCAGUUGCCACCGCAGGCAUGCUGGCCACAUUUAGUAUCUGCAUAUCUGUUACUCUUAUAUCUCGGCUGAUGCUUAACCUGCACAAAUUCAUUGACGUUGGCAUUUUAUCCACCCCCGCCCGGGACGACGACCACAACCUCGCCUGUCUUUACCACUAGGAUCGACUUACAGUUCGCGAUUUCCUCUCACCGAUGAUAGGCUAGGUAUUGGAUUCUAUUUCUGGAUGCGGAGUUGCAGAGAUUCAUGUCGGCUGUUCUUAGUCUUUUCUUCAAAGCAGCACAGCGUACGACAGGUGCGCCCGUGCCACCAAUUAUGUAGACAUUCAUUAUGCUAAUUAUUGGC